CUUUCUAGGGGUCAGAUGAAGGAUUUGGAUCUGGCCUUGGGCACAGGCCAGGGAGGAGACCAUGGUCGGGCUGGGAUUCUGGUGCAGCGCUCCUUCACCCUCAUCGUGGAGGCCUGGGACUGGGACAACGACACUACCCCAGAUGAGGAGCUGCUGAUUGAGCGGGUGUCGCACGCGGGCAUGAUCAACCCCGAAGACCGCUGGAAGAGCCUGCACUUCAGUGGCCACGUGGCGCACCUGGAGCUGCAGAUCCGUGUGCGCUGCGACGAGAACUACUACAGCGCCACCUGCAACAAGUUCUGCCGGCCACGCAAUGACUUCUUUGGCCACUACACCUGUGACCAGUUUGGCAAUAAGGCCUGCAUGGAUGGCUGGAUGGGCAAGGAGUGCAAAGAAGCCGUGUGUAAACAAGGGUGUAACCUGCUCCACGGGGGAUGCUCUGUGCCUGGGGAGUGCAAGUGCAGCUACGGCUGGCAGGGGCGGUUUUGUGACGAGUGUGUCCCGUACCCUGGCUGUGUGCACGGCAGCUGCGUGGAGCCCUGGCAAUGCAACUGUCAGACCAACUGGGGCGGCCUGCUCUGCAACAAAGACCUGAACUACUGCGGCAGCCACCACCCGUGUACCAACGGGGGCACCUGCAUCAACGCGGAGCCUGACCAGUACCACUGUGUCUGCCCUGACGGCUACUCGGGCAAGAACUGUGAGCGGGCUGAGCAUGCCUGCACCUCCAACCCGUGUGCCAAUGGGGGCUCGUGCCACGAGGUGCCCUCAGGCUUUGAGUGCCACUGCCCAUCGGGCUGGAGCGGGCCCACCUGUGCACUUGACAUCGACGAGUGCGCCUCCAACCCGUGCGCAGCGGGGGGCACCUGCAUGGACCAGGUGGAUGGCUUCGAGUGCAUCUGUCCUGAGCAGUGGGUGGGGGCCACCUGCCAGCUGGACGCCAAUGAGUGUGAAGGGAAGCCGUGUCUUAAUGCUUUUUCUUGCAAAAACCUGAUUGGUGGCUAUUACUGUGAUUGCCUGCCGGGCUGGAAGGGCGCCGACUGCCACAUCAACAUCGACGACUGUCGGGGGCAGUGUCAGCACGGUGGCACCUGCAAGGACCUGGUGAAUGGCUACCAGUGUGUGUGCCCACGGGGCUUUGGGGGCCGGCACUGUGAGCUCGAGCUGGAUGAGUGUGCCAGCAGCCCCUGCCACGGCGGCCUCUGUGAGGACUUGGUGGAUGGUUUCCGCUGCCACUGCCCCAAGGGUUUCUCUGGGCCGCUCUGUGAGGUGGACAUUGACUUCUGUGAGCCGAGCCCCUGCCAGAACGGGGCCCACUGCUACAACCUGGAGGGCGACUAUUACUGUGCAUGUCCUGACAACGUGGAUGGCAAGAACUGCUCAGAGCCCAGAGAGCCGUGCCCUGGGGGGGCCUGCAGGGUGGUGGAUGGCUGCGGGUUCGAGGCCGGGACCAGGAUGGCCGGCACUGCCCCCGGCGUGUGUGGCCCCCAUGGACACUGCGUCAGCCAGCCCGGGGGCAACUUCUCCUGUGUCUGUGACAGUGGCUUCACGGGCACCUACUGCCAUGAGAACAUCGAUGACUGCCUGGGCCAGCCGUGCCGCAACGGGGGCACAUGCAUCGACGAGGUGGACGCCUUCCGCUGCUUCUGCCCCAGCGGCUGGGAGGGCGAGCUCUGUGACACCAAUCCCAACGACUGCCUUCCCGAUCCCUGCCACAGCCGCGGCCGCUGCUACGACCUGGUCAAUGACUUCUACUGCGCGUGUGAUGACGGCUGGAAGGGCAAGACCUGCCACUCGCGUGAGUUCCAGUGUGACGCCUACACCUGCAGCAACGGCGGCACCUGCUAUGACAGCGGGGACACCUUCCGCUGCGCCUGCCCGCCGGGUUGGAGGGGCAGCACCUGCAACAUCGCCAAGAACAGCAGCUGCCUGCCCAACCCCUGCGUGAAUGGGGGCACCUGCGUAGGCAGUGGGGACUCCUUCUCCUGCAUCUGCCGUGAUGGCUGGGAGGGCCGCACCUGCACGCACAAUACCAACGACUGCAAUCCGCUGCCUUGCUACAACGGCGGCGUCUGCGUGGACGGCAUCAACUGGUUCCGCUGCGAGUGUGCGCCGGGCUUUGCAGGCCCCGACUGCCGCAUCAACGUUGACGAGUGCCAGUCCUCCCCCUGUGCCUAUGGGGCCACGUGCGUGGACGAGAUCAACGGUUACCGCUGCAGCUGUCCGCCCGGCCGGGCUGGCCCACGGUGCCAGGAGGUGGUCGUGCUGGGGAGGCCCUGCUGGUCGCAGGGUGUGCCCUUCCCUCCUGGGGGCUCCUGGGUGGAGGACUGCAAUAGCUGCCGCUGCCUGGAUGGCCGCCGGGACUGCAGCAAGGUGUGGUGCGGGCGGAAGCCUUGCCUGCUGUCCCCGGGUGCAGCUGCUCCCAUGUGUGGGGGCCUGGCCCCCGGGCCCCACCCAGCCCUGACGGGCGGCCCUGAAUGCUCUCAGCCCCUCAGCCCCUGGGCCACUCACGUGCAGCCUGUCUCUGCCCAGGGCACCACCGUGGGCGCCAUCUGCUCGGGCAUCCGUGCUCUACCAGCCACAAGGGCAGUGGCCCGGGACCGCCUGCUGGUGCUGCUUUGUGACCGGCCAUCCUCGGGGGCCAGUGCAGUGGAGGUGGCCGUGUCCUUCAGCCCGGCGCAGGACCUGCCUGACAGCAGCCUGAUCCAGAGUGCGGCUCACGCCAUCGUGACGGCCAUCACCCGGCGGGGGAACAGCUCGCUGCUGCUGGCCGUCACCGAGGUCAAGGUGGAGACGGUCGUCAUGGGCAGCUCCUCCACAGGUCUGCUGGUGUCCGUGCUGUGCGGCGUGUUCAGCGUGCUGUGCCUGGCGUGUGUGGCCAUCUGCGUGUGGUGGACCCGCAAGCGCAGGAAAGAGCGGGAGAGGAGCCGGCUGCCACGGGAGGAGAGCGCCAACAACCAGUGGGCCCCGCUGAACCCCAUCCGCAACCCCAUCGAGCGGCCGGGCGGCGCGGGCGGCGGCCCGAAGGGCGUGCUGUACCAGAGCAAGAAAUUCACGCUGAUGUGUUCCUGCCAUCUGACCCUGAGCCCCAGUGCUUCCUUCUUUGGGCAUUUCCCUGUUCUCUGGCAAAGAAGGUGUUCCAGGCCCAGUGACACUUUCCCAGUGAUCAGCCAUCUCUCCAGGGAUCUCCAAGGAUUUGAGUGGGGAGCAGUAUUUCAGCAUACAGAUCUGAACCGUGCAAUUCAGUGA